GGUUAUUACAAGGCUUCUUUCUCUUGUCUUAUUGUAAAAAAUGAAUGUGGAUUUGUGUCGUUAUAAAAGGGAAGAUAAAAUCAGUUCGAAACUUUUAUUCAAUCUAUGUGAUGGUACCAUAACCGAAUUAUGUUCAUCUACGUCUGACAUUCGAUUUUGCAAGCGGCCAUGUUCCGACAAGGUCCUGCUAUUGCCGUGCAACAUUUGUACCGCCGAAACCACACCGGUUCAAAAGAAAAUGGAUUGCGGGAGCUUAUUCGCCAAAUAUGUCCUGUGCCUCUUUAACCUGAUAAUAUUCAUAUUAGGCGCUGUGGUGCUAGCAACGGGGGUAUGGCUCUACGCGGACAAAUCCUCUCUACUUUCGUUCACCAGACUUGUCCACGAAUUUCCAAAGAACAGGACACGCUUAGAAAACUAUUUCAAUCUAUUUAACGAGCCACAAACAACGAAGGUGUUUUAUUUUCAGACGUCAACCGCCAGUAUUUUUCCUUCCACUACGAAGCUUUAUUUUGAAAAGAAAUCGGUUGAAGGAGUAACUACAAAACCGAAAAUUACUACGUCAAUCGGUCUUCGCGAUCCCGUCCCAGAGAAUAGUGAUAUUUCUUCUCUGAUGCCUACUUAUUCCUCUAAACUAGUAACACCGGAGACAACUAUUUCUAAGAUUUUUUCGAAAAUGACAGAAGUUUCUACUGCGACGCCGGCCUAUUCUGUCACACCAUUAGUGCCAAAGACUCUGACUAUCGGUCUUGAAGAUUAUACACACAUUCCCACUACGGCACGUUCUAUUUUAGAAAUACUACCGAAUAAUUCAACCUUACAUGACCCAUUUUCGCGCACAUCCUACGGUUAUUCCGCAUUAUCAUUAGUGCCUGAGAACAAUGUUUCUACGAUUUUAAUGAAAAUUUCAACAACAAUCGUCCCCGAGAAAAUCAGUCAUGUUUCUACUUCUAUACCUACUUAUUCCCAUAAACCAUUAACACCGGAGGAAAACGUUACGUCAAUUUCUACGACUAUUCUUCUUGAUAAUAUCAGCCUUCUUUCUACUGUGACGCCGGCUCAUUAUGAAAUACCAUUAGUACCAGAAGUAACAAGCAUUUCUCACAUUUUCACGAAUAUAACAGCGACAACCGUUCAUGACAAUAUCAGUGAACUUCCUACUGUGACACUGGCUUAUUCUGAAAUACCAUUAGUACCAGAGACAAACAUUUCUACCACUUUCACCAACGUAACAGCGAAAAUCGUUCAUGACAAUAUCAGUCACCUACCGACUAUGACGCCGUCUUAUUCGGAAAUACCGUUAGUACCAGAGGCAAACAUUUAUACCUCUUUCACUAACGUAACAGCGACAAUUAUUCAUGACAAUUUCAGUGACCUUUCUACAACCACGCCAGCUUACCCCGAAAUACCAUUAUUACCAGAGACCAACCUUUCUACCAUUUUGAAGAAUAUGACAACAACAAUCGUUUUUGACAAUAUCAGUCACCUAUCUACUAUGACGCCGUCUUAUUUUGAGUCACCAUUAGUACCACAGACAAACAUUUCUACCACUUUCACCAACGUAACAGCGACAAUCGUUCAUGACAAUAUCAGUCACCUAUCGACUAUGACACCGUCUUAUUCGGAAUUACCAUUAGUACCAGAGACCAACCUUUCUACCAUUUUGAAGAAUAUGACAACAACAAUCGUUUUUGACAAUAUCAGUCACCUAUCUACUAUGACGCCGUCUUAUUUUGAGUCACCAUUAGUACCACAGACCAACCUUUCUACCAUUUUGAAGAAUAUGACAACAACAAUCGUUCAAGGUAAUAUCAGUCACCUUUCUGCUGUAACGCCUACUUAUCCUGAGUUACCAUUGGUACCAGAGCCAAGCUUUUCUAACAGUUUCACGAACGUAACAGCGACAAUCGAUCAUGGCAAUAUAAGCCGUCUUUCUACUGUGACACUGGCUUAUUCUGAAAUACCAGUAGUAGCGGAGGCUACAACGACAGUCAAUUUUAAUAUCAGUCAUUUUUCUCCUUCAACGCAUACUUAUUCCUUUAAACCAUUAGUAGAAAAGACCAACGUUACUACGAUUUCCAUGAAAAUGAACACGACAAUCGUUCAUGACAAUAUCAGUCAUCUUUCUACUUCGACAUCGACUUAUUCCGAAAUAACUUUAGGACCACAGAACACCACAAAUGUUCAUGUCAAUUUCAGUACGAACGCUUCAUCAGAAACGCAAUCUGUACCAGAGACGACCACAGUGGUUCAUUUUCCUUCCUCGACGCGCUCUUUUUCCAAAACGGAACCAGUACCUCAGACCACGAAAUUCGUUCAAGAUAAAUUUACUCGUCGUUUGUCUUCUACAAAGAUUUACCGAAAACCAGCACCAACCAAGCUCUUUCGUUUUGCUCAGUUAGCGGCAUUUUCCCCUAAAUGGUGGAGGAAAAGUACAACUCGUUUUUCUCCUAAGACGGUUUCCACGACGAAGGCGACAACUACCAGUCAUAAAAUGUCUGAAAAGUUUCUGCAGAUAGACGGACAAUUCAAUUACGUACGUUACCCUGACAACUCUAUGGCUGAUUUAGAGAAACAUUUUACCCACCAGAGCAUGACGACCGUGCAAGAUUAUUUAAUUAAAAUGUUCGCUAACACUAAUUCUCAAGAGCAUGACGACAAAAAGUUGGAGCAUACGUUCGUUUUAGCAUACAUAGCAUACAUCCUAAUUAUUGCUGGAGCAAUCAUCUUCUUCAUUGGUAUUAUCGGUUACUGUGCUGCUUUGAGAGAAUCAAGAUGUCUUCUUGGAUUUUAUGGAGUGCUUAUAUUAAUAGUCCUAAUCCUUGAGAUUACAGCAGCUGGUUUGUCCUACGUUUAUAAAGACAGGGUGGAAGAAGAGAUACAGGACUUCAUGAUGAAAACAAUAAAAGAUUACGAUCCCGAUAUGAACCACACUGUUGCAGGAGAUGUGUCAAGAGCCUGGGAUGUACUAAUGCUAGAUAUGGAAUGCUGCGGAGUGACUAAUUACACAGACUUUCAAUUAUCGGAGAAGUUUAAGAAUUCAGGAUUGAAAGUUCCGAGAUCCUGCUGCAAAACAGCCAAUGUAUCGAAUAAAGCCGAUCUGAAGUGCAUGCAUAAUCCAGAUGUAACAAAUGCUAACAUUGUGAAGGGUUGUUAUGAUGCAGUCAUUGAUGAGCUGAAAUUGAACUAUACUGCCGUCAUUUAUAUUGUUAUUGCAAUUGUUCUCAUCCAGUUCCUUCUGACUUUGCUCUCCUUCUGCCUUUGCAAUACCAUAGACCCUUAUGACAAAUAGCAGACACCUUCAGCCCCAUCUUCGUGCCCACCCUCCAGGCCAAGGCGGAGGGAUCACCGAUGUGAUAUCUCUUGGGGACCAGACAUGCCCGCCUAUCGCUACACAUACUGAUAUCAGGAUGAUGAUAAAUACUACUGACUUAUGUCAUGUCAAAUAUAAAUGUGACAAAACUGCUAUGAUAAAACAAAAAAAAAAACAGUGUGUUUAAAUGUGUACAGUUCGACUUUUUUAUAUAUAUUUUUUUGACUUCAAAAGAAAAUUCAUGGAUAUUUUGUUUUUUAUUAAUACAUUGAACGUGUAAAUUGUUUAAAAAUAAUUAUUAACAAUAGUAAUAAAAGGUAGUCUUCCUUGUUCUUUUUUCUUUUCACAUUGUUUAAUAAUAGCCUUUUAGGACCAAAUCAAGUGAAUUUUAUCUUUUUAAAAAAAUAUUAACAAUAGCAUUAACUUAGGAAGUAAUAUUUAAAAUAAAUAUUUAUAACACUGCCCUGAUCCUUUUGCAUUUGACUAUUUUAAAAUGGUUAAAAGAGGUUAUGAAGAAAAAAGUUUAGUCAAUAAAAAAAUCUGCUCAACUAUUAGUUUUCUAAAUAACAAUAGCUAAAUUAAACUAUAAAAAGUUGUUAAAUUAAAAACAUUCAAAUACGCAACCGAUAUGAUUGUUAGAAGGUAUCAAUUUUGAUGUUAUUAUGCAAAAAAAAAAAAGAUAGACUAAUUAGAGCAAAUUUAAUCAUAUAAUAAAAACCAUCAACAUGUAACCUUGCUUAACCCUAGAAUGAAUUCAGUAUAAAUUAUGUAAAAUACUAGAAUGCCAGGUAUGUCAUAGCAUAUUUAUAAAGUUGCAUUUUAUCAACUGCAUUAUAUUGACAUGUGGAAUUUAAUUAUAGAAAAAGGAAGACAUUGAUGUUUUAUUGACAUUUCAAUUUUAUAUUUACUAACAUGUUUAGAACUUCUUAAUAAUCGUUACAUAAAAAUAUAUUAGGGCCGAGUUGUAUGCCCACAGAAUGAAUGUUUUUCCAAAAAUUUGAAAUAAACCUAAAAUCUUUUGUAUAUGUGUAGCUGGACAAAGGUGUAUUAAAAAUUUUCAAAUGUGUGAGGCAUUAGUCUAAACGUUUGUAUAUAUCCAAAGUUUUUAACAAAGAAAUUAUUUUUUAGGUAUGUCGACACAUCACCCAUUUGUAACUUGG